UUUUUUGUACAGUUUUUGAACUCGUGACCUACAAGAACAAUCAAGUGUGACUGUCGUCUGCUCUGUAAGGCCACGGGUGUCCUUUAUGAGGUUGAAAUAUAAACCAGCAGUUAGCGCAUAAUUAUCAUUUAUUUGAAGUGACAUUAUAGGAUAAAGACAACAAGCUUUAUAGUGUUGAUAUUUAACAAUUCUAUGAUUAUAAAUAAGAGAAGACAGAAUGUCCGGGAAUCAAGCAGAAGUCAAGACGUCACAAGCCAAUACCACAGUCAAUGGCAUUAACUCGGCCUCCAGUGAUCCUCAAGUUGUGAUCGAGGAAGAAAGUGGCGGCCAGGAAGGUUGCUGUGGCCGCCCUAAACAGAAAGCUGAGAUGGUUGGUACGUUUGAGCUGUUUCGCUUUGCUAUGUCACGUGACAAGAUUCUGAUGUUCAUUGGAACCAUUGCUGCCUUGGCUCAAGGAGUAACUUUACCUGCAAAUCUGGCAGUCUUUGGGGAGAUCAUUGAUUCCUUUGUGAGCGACCGCCCAGUCAAUUCAACAACAAAUGUGGAGUCUUUACCUGAUCAAGUCCUAAACUACACGUAUGGUUUUAUCGGUUUGGGAGUCAUAUCAUUUGUGUGUUGCUCUGUGUCAGUGUCUUGCUGGCAAUGGGCUUCAGAGAGACAGAUAAACACAAUACGAAAGAAAUUUUUCCAUUCUGUCUUAAGACAAGAUAUAGGCUGGUUUGACGUCCAUGAAGCAGGGGAGAUAAGCACAACAUUUACAGAAAACAUUGGAAACAUCGCAGAGGGAAUGGGUGAUAAAAUGGCUGUCUUCAUCCAGUGGUUCAUGACCUGGUUUGCUUGCUAUGUUAUGGCAUUGACCAGAUCCUAUAAGCUAACUCUUGUUGUCAUUGGUGCUAGUCCAUUACUGAUUAUGACUGGAGCUUUACUAGUGAAGACAAUGAGAAAAAUGGCAAGUAAAGAAUCCCAAGCUUAUGCCAAAGCUGGUGCAGUCGCGGAACAAGCUUUUCGGUCAAUUAGAACUGUUCAGGCCUUUCAAGGACAAGAUAAAGAAAUAGCAAGAUAUGAUGAGAAUUUAAUCUUUGCUGUAAAAGUGGCUUCAAAGAAAGGCUUUGCUCUUGGUGUUGGUAAUGCAGCACUUUGGUCAUUGUUGUUUGUUAUGUUUGCUGGAGUGGUCUGGUUUGGUAUUUACCUUAUACAGGCAGAUGAUUUGAGACCUGGUAAAAUACUGCCUGUUUUCUUUGGUGUGAUGAUUGGGUCCACUGCUUUAGGGCAUGCUUUUAAUAAUUUGGAGAGUUUCUCUAAUGCUCGUGGUGCAGCCGUCAAAAUCUAUAAAAUAAUUUCAAUGGUUCCUAAGAUUGAUGCUUUCUCUGAGGAAGGGCUCAAAUUGCCACAAUUGAAAGGAGUUAUUCAGUUUAGAAAUAUAAAGUUUUCUUAUCCAGCUAGACCAGAUGUACAGGUUCUAAAGAACUUGAAUUUAAACAUACAGCCUGGUCAACAUGUGGCAUUAGUAGGUUCCAGUGGUUGCGGUAAAUCUACAACUGUACAGCUGUUACAAAGGUUUUAUGAUCCGCUAGAUGGCACUGUUUUGAUAGAUGGCCAUGAUAUAAAGACUUUAAAUAUCAAAUGGCUUAGAAGUCACAUUGGUGUAGUCAGCCAAGAGCCCUCCCUCUUUGAUGCAACUAUUGAAGACAAUAUAAGAUUUGGUAAAAUGGAUGCCACAGAAGCAGAAAUUCAAAAAGCUGCAAAAGAUGCCAAUGCUCAUGACUUUAUUAUGCAGCUUCCAGAGGGCUACAAAACUAAUGUUGGUGAAAGAGGAGCCCAACUCAGUGGAGGCCAGAAACAAAGAAUUUCUAUUGCUAGAGCCUUAGUCAGAAACCCCAAAAUUUUACUUCUUGAUGAGGCAACAUCAGCUCUGGAUCAGGAAAGUGAGGCAGUCGUCCAAGAUGCUUUAGAAAAGGCUCAAAAGGGAAGAACAACAAUUACAAUAGCACACAGACUAUCUACUGUGCAACAUGCUGAUAAAAUAGUUGCAAUAAGUAAUGGAGAAGUUCUAGAAGAAGGCACACAUCAUGAAUUGCUUGAACUAAAUGGUCUUUACUCACAGCUGGUUCACUUACAGAAUAAAAUAAAGAAAGAGGGCGCUAUAGAUAUUGCUGAUGUAGAAAUUGUUGAAGAAGAUGAUGAUGAAUCCACUGUGAAAUCUUUGGAAGAUGAAUUAAUUAGAACUUCAUUCCGAAGAACUUUGACAACAUCUAAUAACAAGGAGGACAAGGAAGUUAAUUUAGUGGCCAGAGCCAGCUUUAAAAAACAAAAGAAAAUGUCCAAAAAAGGAAAAUCUGAGCAGGCAACAGAUGAGGAAGACAAUGUUGAUGCAACACUUGAACAACUACUGAGAUACAACUCCCCAGAAUGGCUUCUGAUUCUAAUUGGCUGCAUAAGCUCUGCUUUGUGUGGAUGCAUUUUUCCUGCUUUUUCUUUUCUUAUGAGUGAAUUUAUAAAGUUAUUUACAAUCAAAGAUCAUGAUGAACAAUGGGAGAAAGCUCACAUUCUAGGAGGUGUUGUUCUUGGAGUUGCUGGCUUUUCAGCUAUUGUAAGACUGCUUCAGAGCUAUUGCUUCAGUCGGUCUGGGGCUCUUUUAACUGCUAGAUUGCGAAAAAUGACAUUUGCAUCUCUUGUCAAUCAGGAUAUGGAUUAUUAUGACAAACCUAAUAAUCAGGUUGGUGCUUUGACAUCAAAGUUAUCUGGAGAUGCUGCUCUUGUGCAAGGGGCUACUGGGUCCAAGGUGGGCCAGAUGCUCGAGGCAUCUGCCACAAUUCUCAGUGCUCUACUCAUAGCCUUUAUUUCUGGUUGGAAGCUGACUCUUGUAGUACUUGCAUUCAUGCCCCUCAUGUUUGCUGGCGGUUUUGUCCAGGGAAAAGUCAUCGCAGGAGCAUCGAGGAAAGACAGGAAGCAGCUUCAGCAAGCUGGAAAAAUCUGUUCAGAAGUUGUGGAUGUUAUCAGAACCGUUGUUUCAUUGGGCAGAGAGGAUUAUUUUUUUACAAACUUUGCUAAUUUGAUAGAUUACACAAAGUCUUCCAGUAGAACAAUGUCCUUUGUGUUUGGAAUCACUUAUGGCAUAGCCAACUGCAUAAUAUUCUUUGCAUAUGCUGUGGCUUUUUACUAUGGGUCUGUUCUAGUUAAUGAUGGUGAAAUGGAAUUUUAUGAAGUCUUCAGAGUGUUUGCAUCAAUAAUAUUUGGGGGAAUGAUGUUGGGACGUCAGUCUUCAUUUGGUAUAGAUUACACAAAGGCUAAAGUUGCUGGAGGACGUAUCAUUGCUUUGAUUAACAGAAAGCCCAAUAUUGAUGUUAGAGAAACUUCUGGGUUCCAAAUGAAUGACUUCAGAGGAAACAUCACAUUUGAAAAUGUCUCCUACAGCUAUCCCAGCAGACCAAAUGCUAAAGUUCUUGAUGGUCUAAAGCUUGUUGUAAAUCCUGGAGAAACUGUGGCUCUUGUUGGUGCCAGUGGGUGUGGUAAAAGUACCACAACACAAUUGAUAGAGAGAUUUUAUGAUGCUGCAUCAGGGACAGUGUUUAUUGAUGGUAUAGACCUUCGCACUUUGAACUUGAAAUGGUACAGAAGUCAGCUGGGUAUAGUAUCCCAGGAACCAACUUUGUUUGAUUGCAGCAUUGCAGAGAACAUUGCUUAUGGGGACAACUCAAGAGUUGUGCCAAUGUCAGACAUAAUGCAAGCUGCUAAGGAUGCCAACAUUCAUAGCUUUAUUGCUAGCUUACCACAGGGUUAUGACACAAGUGUUGGUGAAAAAGGUACACAACUCAGUGGUGGACAGAAACAAAGAAUAGCUAUUGCCCGUGCUCUUUUGAGACGUCCAAAGGUAUUAUUGCUGGAUGAAGCAACAUCAGCUUUAGAUUCUGAAAGUGAAAAGAUUGUUCAAGAUGCGUUGGACAAAGCCAGUCAAGACAGAACAUGUAUAACUAUUGCACACAGAUUAUCAACUAUUCAAAACGCUGACAAAAUAGCUGUGAUAAGUAAAGGCAAAGUGAUUGAGAUAGGCAACCAUCAACAAUUAUUGCAGACUAAGGGAGCUUACUACAGGUUAUUAAUGGUUCAGAAUAGAGAGCACAAUAAAUGAGUUAUCUACCUUGUUGAUGCACUAUAGAAAAAGUAUUCAUACUCAUUCCAGAACAAAUUCCUACUUUUAAUGUUUAUUAAGGUAUGAUUAUGUUGAGUAUGAGUCAUGCUGCUUUGAAAGAUAUGUUGUUGUAUUUCCUACUCCAUGUUGACAGCUUGUUCAUUGUUGAAAUGUAUUCCUAUUUAUUCAUGGUUUUUCUAACUGUUGCACAUAUGUGUACUUUGAACUGUGAACUAUAAUUAAAAUAUGACUAGUAAUUUCAGUAGAGGAUUAUCUCAAUAUCACCUAUGAAAUGAAUAAAAAUUUGUCUGAAGACAGCAGUCCAGGUCUUCUGUAUGUUGGGCCUAUACAUCGUCGGAGUUUCUUAGUUUGUCUCUUUCAUUUGUUCUUUGCCUUUGUUACCUGAGACACCAUUGCUACAACAAUGGCAGAAUGUGCACACACACAGCAGAGGUUGUGUAAUUUAAAAUUAUGUAUAGAGAAAAAAAAUAUUCAGAAUUAAAAUAAAAACUAGUUCGUGUUAGACUACAAUAUGUACAUUGUUUUAAAUGUAUUCACAUAUUUUUAAUUUACUGCAAAUAUGUACAAUAUUUUGUUACACUUUUUAUCAAAAUAAAAUGAAAGAUUGUUCCAUGAUAUGAAGAA